AUGGGGGGAGUGGAGCCCGCUCCGACUGCGAGUUGGGGCCCGUACACAUGUGAAACGAAAGGGUGGGAACAGGGGAGGGGGGCUGUGUGGUCCUUUACACAGACCCCGGAGCGUUUCCUGACCGCCGAAGUUAGGGUGACGCACACUGAUAUGGCCUGCGGCACCAGUCAGCACAUGGAGGGCACGGCGGAGUGCGGGCACGCGCGUUGUGGUUGUAACCCGUUUCACAGCAUCGUGGAGAGAGUUGUGAGUAACGCCAAAGCAAAAAAUCAGUCCCACGGCUCCUCCCUUCGGUUUGACAGAGGACUUCAAACGCCGGUCAGGACCAUUUCAGCUUUUGUCCGAGACCUUUACAGAGCGAGGCGAGAUCGAGCGCGAGCUGCUCCUGCCGUGGAGCUGUUCCCGUCACACAUCAGGGAUAAGUUUUACCAGUAG